AUGUGUCCUAUCAGAGUGCAAGCAGCUGGACAGAAGAACGAGGACGGUCAGGAUGUUUGGAGGUCAUCGGAUAAAAAGCUCAGAAGAACAAUGAACAGCAACACUUCACCUCACGAUUAUGUACCUCAUUGCUCACCAGCCGAGGCAAUAUCCAGCUCUACACAAGUAACAGCAAUGGCAGAAGCCCGUAAUUUUGGCGCCAAUGCGAUGAUUUCACCAAAAUCUGGCCCCGGUAGGCCCCCUCUACAUCAGCAGCACCAAGCAGCACCGGUACGUCUUCCUCAUCAAACUCAGGUGCAACAAAUGCAACCCGCAUCAAACACAUCGAUGCCUCUACGCGCAACUCAGGUACCUCCUUCCGGUCCUCUUCCACCUCAUCGGCCUCCUCCUGCCCUCUCAUCAAUUCCACCUCACUAUCAGCAACAGCAGCAUCAACAGCAACAACAACAACAACAACAACCGGUAGCAGCUUCAAGUGAUAGCAUGCCUGGAGCAGGGGCAGCAGCAACAAGUGCGAUGUUUCGUGUACAAAUGUGGUCCAACAAUUUUGACAGUGGUGUGCAUUCGAUGAAUCAAAGCUCGGCACCAUCCGUGUUAUCGGUAAAUUCGCUACGAGCCGGCUCCCAGAUUUCGACGAUGUCCGAUGAUACGCACUCGAGAAUCGAAUUAACCGAUCAGCAGCAAAUCAAAUUUGAAAAUAUACCAUCCGAUUUGGGACGUGGC